GGUGCUGGACACUGGUAGCAGUGAUGUGUGGUUCUUUGGACCCGGCGCUUGCGAGUCGUCGACCCAGUCACAGGGCGAUUGUUUUGGAGGAGAUUGUAAGUUUUAUUUUCUUUCAGUUUGCUUUAUUUUUAUUUUCAUUUUCAUUGUUAUUUUUAAUUUUUCAAUUUUAUUGUUCUGUCGAUGCUGCAUUUAAACUUCCGAGCCAUGUGCUCCAUGUGCUCCCGCAUACCGAUCCGCAUUCCACUGUUCUCGGCACUCGCUAACUUUAUGCCUCCAGACGAUCCUACCAAAUCCUCUACCAGCAAAGUUAUCAAUAAAGGCGGAUUCUCCAUUCAAUAUGGAACUGCGAACUCCGAUGUCCAGGGCGACUAUGUCCUUGACACUAUCACCGUUGGCGGUGCCACUGUCAAGAACACCACCAUGGCUGUCGCGUACAAGGUCGCCGAGGUUCCCGCUGGAAUCUUGGGUAUUGGAUUCGAUACCAACGAGGCCAUCGUAGCCGAGGGAGGCCACAAAUAUCAGAGCUUCGUCGAUAAUUUGGUCACCGAUGGUGUGAUCAGCACCAAGGCCUACAGCCUGUGGCUUAAUGACUUGUUCUCGAGCUCGGGAAGCUGCCUCUUCGGCGGCUACGACACCAAAAAAUUCACUGGUCAGCUCUUGACCGUCCCUAUCCAGGCUGAUGCCCAGAGCGGCGAUCUGACCAGCAUGACCGUCGCUUGGACUUCUCUCCAAGUCACUACCGGCAAUGGAGUGAAGACAAUUACCUCCGACAACUUUGCUAGCGCCGCAUUGCUCGACUCUGGUACAACUUUGACCAUUAUCCCGGAGGAUUUGUACUACGAUCUGUACGAAUUCUUCGAGGCUGCUCCGGCUCCAAAUCAACCAGACGUCAUCCUUGUCGAAUGCGAUCUGCUCAACAACGCCGACGGCACGCUGAACUUCCAAUUCGGCGGCUCCAAGGGCCCUGUUGUCAAAGUACCUUACUCCGAGUUCGCCCUGCCGGCCACUUCCACUGACGGGACGUGGAUUAAAUUUGACAAUGGUAAAUUGGCCUGCACGCUUGGCCUACAGCCCCAGGAUCAGUCAACCCCCGUUAUCCUCGGCGACACCUUCCUCCGCUCCGCCUACGUGGUCUACGACCUCGACAACAAGGAAAUCUCCAUCGCUCAAACCAUCUUCAACACUACCGAUACCAGCGUCGUCGAAAUCACCAAGAGCAGCGCCAUCGCCAGCCUUGUCACCGGCGUGACUGUUUCCCAAACCGCCUCCGCUGGCUUCGGUGGCAUCCCCGGCUUCGGCAGCGGUGGCAGCACCCCCACCGCCACCGCGGGCAGUGGCUCCAGCAGCGUCAGCAUCGGCAACAUCAAAAGCGUCCCAACCAAGUCCGGCGAUGCCUCUGUCGCUGGCACCAGCUCGGGCUCUAACUCAGGCUCCGGCUCUAGUCCCAGCUCUUCAUCUUCCUCUUCCUCUGGGAAGGGCAACGCCGCGGGCGCUUCAUUCCAAGUCCCCGGCGCGCUUCUCAGUCUGCAGGCCGUUGUUCUGAGCAUGUUUAUCGGCGGUGCCAUGAUCGCAUUCCACUAAUAUCCUCCUUCGAUCUUUCUGCGCCUAUUAUGAUUAUACGCGCGGUUUGAUAUAUAAAUUGGUUUUGGGCAGUAGAGUAGGAGACGCAGGCGCUUGGUGUCUUUUUCUUUCCUUUAUCUAGCUUUGGUUUUGGCUUCUCAUUGUAUAUACCAAUCCGCCUGGUUAGGUCGGGAUAUUGCAUAUAUAUUCAGCGCUAUAUAGCAUAUAUUUGAAUAAUGAUCGCUAUCAACAAAUACACGUGUUUCCAUCC